UCAGCGACCAUCUAGCCAGCUACCAGCUUCCUCUCUCGUGCCCAUGACGACCCGGACGCAACCACCACUGCCGACGGGGCCGGCCCAGGCUCACCGGCGCCAGCGCGCGGCCUCCCACUCGUCGUCGUCCUCCUCGUCGUCGUCUUUCUCCACGGCCUCCUCCGCUGCCUCCUCGCCGUCGCCCUCCCCGCGCACCACCUCCAUCCCCUUCUCCUGGGAGCACCACCCGGGCAUCCCCAAGAGCCACUCCUUCCUCCGCGGCGCCGCGGGCCCUGCCGCCUCCCCGUCCCCGCCGCUCCCGCUCCCGCCGCCGAUCCGCGCGCCGCCCUCCCGACGCCGCGCCAACCGAUCGGCGCCGGGCGCUCCCGGCGCCGCCGCCGCCGACCCCUUUGCCGCCGCGCUGGCAGAGUGCACCAGGGAGCGCACCAACGCCAUCGACAUCGACGCGCUGUUUCCUCCGAAGCCGGCGUCGGCCGUCCGCGCCGGGCCGCGGCGGUGGUCCAUCGCCACUGGCGGGGUGGUAGGGUUGCUGGACCUGUACGGCUGCAAGAACGCCAUGGGCGUCGCCGAGGGCGCCUUCGUCGUACGCCGACCAGUGGUGGCCGUCGGGCGGGCGGGCCAGGGCCGUGCUGGCCGGCCCGGCAAGAGAUAAGGGCCCUUCGAGAUCCAUCAACUGUGUGGGCUCAACCAGGUACAUAAAUAAUGGAUGUGUGCAGCGAGCGAGUGGUGAGAAAAUAUCGAAAAGAAAUCUCACCUUUUCUUUUCGUUUCUUUUUAUUUUCUUUUGCUUGUACUUUGAUGGUAUUCUCGAUUCUACUUAGUGGAUGUGCUUCAUACAUAUAAUUGAGAAAAAAGUGAUAUAGCAACCGAUAUAUCUUAUAUGGCUCUUUGUAUAUAUAUGUAAAUAAUGCAUGUGUCUUACUACCAUGUUUAAAUAGUCAAGCUUUUGCCAAA